CUGCUCUCGAGCGCGGGCGCCCCCAGCCCCGGGCCGGCGGGGGACGUGGGUGGGCUGUGGUGCUGGCGGCGGUGGUGGUGGGGUCACUGGGCAGAGCUGCACACAGGUCUGGGCGCGGCUGGGAUUUGAGGGGCAGCCCAACUCCCUCUCCGUGGACCUUUGGAGCCGGCGUUGGGUGGGAGGGAGGACAACACAGGUGAAAAAAUAAAUCGUGGUGGCGAAGCUGCCGGGAUGUUGGCGGAGGAGUGGGUCCGCCCACCCGGGUAACCAGCUCUGUGCCGAGAAUCGCUUUAGGCUUUGGGAGUCCCAGCUCGGUUCCACCUCCUACCCCUCCCAGGCAGACCCCGGCCCCGGGACAGGAGGCUCUGGAGAUGAGCUCCCUGCGCGUCCCAGUACCCUCUCAUCAGCUACCCUUGUUUGCACGCCCCCGCCCUGUUCCUGAGAGCUCCUUCCUGCCCCUUCCCCUCCGCGGAAAGCUGCAAGUCCAGGGAGAUGAAUAUCACCCGCGCCUCCGAGCCCUUGAUCAAUAUCGCAAUCUCCGCGGAGGAGACGGCGCAGUCGGAGGCCCUUCUCCUCCUGGGGCUGAGUCCCAUCUCCACCUCCCUUCAGGACCAGCAUUGUGAGAGCCUGUACCUGGUCAGCAACAUCUCUGGACUGCAGUGCAAUGCAUCCGUGGAUCUCAUUGGCACCUGCUGGCCGCGGAGCCCCGCAGGGCAGCUGGUGGCUCGACCCUGCCCUGCCUUUUUCUACGGUGUCCGCUACAACACCACAAAUAACGGCUACCGGGAGUGCCUAGCCAACGGCAGCUGGGCCGCCCGCGUGAACUACUCAGAGUGCCAGGAGAUCCUCACUGAGGAGGCGCAGCCCCUGUCGGGGGCAGGACGGGGCAGCUGCUGGCAGGUGGUGGUGAAGCGGCUCCCACACUCUGUGCUCCUCUUGUUCACGGGGCCUGUGAACGAACCUGGGGCGUCGCGCCAUUCUGGACUCCCAGACAUUGUUAUUACCCAGGGGCUUUGCAGCGCGGAUUUGUGGAAACCUGCUGCCCCCAGGAGCAUCCGGUGCCUGAGGAACAUCAUCCACUGGAACCUCAUCGCGGCCUUCAUCCUGCGCAAUGCCACGUGGUUUGUGGUCCAGUUCACCAUGAGCCCUGAAGUCCACGAGAGCAACGUGGGCUGGUGCAGGUUGGUGACAGCUGCCUACAACUACUUCCAUGUGACCAACUUCUUUUGGAUGUUCGGGGAGGGCUGCUACCUGCACACGGCCAUUGCGCUCACCUACUCCACUGACCGGCUGCGCAAGUGGAUGUUCAUCUGCAUUGGCUGGGGUGUGCCUUUCCCCAUCAUUGUAGCCUGGGCCAUUGGGAAACUGUACUACGACAAUGAGAAGUGCUGGUUUGGCAAAAGGCCUGGAGUGUACACCGACUACAUCUACCAGGGCCCCAUGAUCUUGGUCCUGCUGAUCAAUUUUAUCUUCCUUUUCAACAUCGUUCGCAUCCUCAUGACCAAACUUCGGGCGUCCACCACGUCUGAGACCAUUCAGUACAGGAAGGCUGUGAAGGCCACUCUGGUGCUGCUCCCCCUCCUGGGCAUCACGUACAUGCUGUUCUUCGUGAACCCCGGGGAGGACGAGGUCUCCCGGAUCGUCUUCAUCUACUUCAACUCCUUCCUGGAAUCCUUCCAGGGCUUCUUCGUGUCCGUGUUCUACUGUUUCCUCAACAGCGAGGUCCGCUCUGCCAUCCGGAAGAGGUGGCACCGAUGGCAGGACAAGCACUCGAUCCGCGCCCGUGUAGCCCGCGCCAUGUCCAUCCCGACCUCCCCGACCCGUGUCAGCUUUCACAGCAUCAAGCAGUCCACAGCGGUCUGAGCUGGAGGGCCAUGGAGCAGCCCCCCGAGAUCUGUGGUGGGGAAGACGGUCGCCAGGCUCAGUUGGCUGCUCUGUCUGUGGAGGGGACCAGCUCCUUCCCACCCCCUGUGCCCCCAGGAGCCCUGGCCCUGGGACCUGGGAGGCCCCUCCCUGAUCCCUGGCUGAACACGAGUUCUAGAUCUAUGAGAGAAGCCACAGUCUGGGCCACAGGACAAGUGGAAAAUAACCCCUAGGACUGGGCUGGGCCAGUCCUCCUUAGAGAAUGGACUGGGAACGGAGUGGGAACGGAGUGGGAAUGGGGACCUGGGAAACCCAAAGCAGUACAUGCUCCCUCCAAGAGGUGGCUUCUCCCAGAACACAAGGUGGCCAGCGCUGGAGACCUAGGGCUUCCUCAGCAACUGUAGGGGCAAUUCGCUGCCCCAGGGGCAUCAUGGGAAACUCUUGUGACAGCAUCCUAACCACCAUGAUGAUGCCUCCAGACCUUAGCAAUGCCUUCCAACACCGCUGGGAACCAAUGCCACGUUGUCAGAGCCCUGGAGACAUUAGAAAUCGGUGGCACCAUCAGACAUCAGGCCAUAUCACUAGAAAUCCUCCCAAGCCACCAGAACUUCAUGUGGCCCUGUGGCACUGACACCAGAAAUGCCCUGCCUUGCUGCUUUGCACCCUUGGACCUUUACUACCCUACUGGCCACAUGGGCUCCCUCUCCUUAACUUCCUGCCUCAGGUGUCUCCCACUUUGUGAGAAGAUGGGGGGCAGGGGGUGACGGAGUGGCCUGUGAGCAAGAGCCAGAGUGUGCCCCAGCCAAGCCAGCCUCCCUUUGAGAAGGUAGAGAAUAAUACUUGGGGCCAUCCAGCCUGCUGGCUUCAGAGAUCUGGCCUCUGGGCAACCCAUCCGGUGGUCACAGGGAGCUUGUGGCCCCUGGAUGGCCUCUGGGGCAGCACUGUUAGCUAAGCCAAGAUAGGAGAAGGGGCAGGACCCUCAGCCCCUCUCUGCCCCUAGUGCCCUGGGGCAAAUAGUCAGAUGGUCGCUUAUACCCAGGUAUAGACUGACCCAGCCCUCACUGGACCCACCCAUGUCCAGAGGUACUGGACAGCCAGAACAGGGUUUUGGGGGUGCAGGGGUGGGAAAUGAGGGUGGAUGAUGUAAAUAAUAAUAUUUAUCUUUCAACCAGCA